AGUAACACCUAGACAAGUAGACCCACGAAUUAGGAUAUAUUCGACGUGCUAACCCUGUAAUACUAGUUUUUCUGUGGAUAAAUGCGAUAACAUUUUUGAGUGAUAACAUUUCUUGCGGUGUUCGAUUUCGCCAAUAGAUAAUAAGACUUAUUAGUAGUGUUGUAGACAUUCACUGUUUGCUAUUCACCCGAUAAUCAAGAUGACGUGUAACGCGUUUUGUGAGUGUUCAUUUUAAGCAGUCGUUGGAUUUUUGUAGUCCUGUUCGUCUUUCCUUACACAUAAUGGACGCAAUGCUUCGUGAAGUAGUCAUUUGCAAAGACGUUUUGCAGGUCUUAGAGAAAAAUGGCUUGUCAAAAAUCAACGAAUUUGUUCUACUAGGGGUUAACAUCAAUGAAGAAAAUUUGUUCAAAACCUAUGUAAUUGGUUUUGUGGAUUCGUCUUUCAAUGUAGACGAUAACUGUCCCCACAAUUUGACCACCUGCGGCUUGGCAGGAAAUGCUGAUCUAAUUGAAAACGUCCAGGAGUAUUUGAAUAAUGAUCAAUUUAAUGAAAAUUAUUCACUUUAUUUGAACAUAGUUGGUUCAGAAGUAAAACUUUGGGAGUUAAAAAAGAUUGAUAAUGCCAUUCAAUCUGAACAACUUGAGUUUCAAGUUCAAAUAAAAGAGGAACUAAGCAAGAAUUUAUUAUAUUUUAGAACUUGUAUGAAAUUGGAAAUUGACAGAAAAAUUUACGAUUUUGACUCAUUAUAUACUACAAGUUUAUUAGAAAAAAAGAUUGGUUUGAAACCACUUUUUUAUAUUAAAGAAAGUAAACAGUACUUGGGAAAAUCAGAAGAUAAAGAAACUAUUAAUGGAAUAAAAGUAAAAUCAAAUAAGUUGGAUUAUGAAGUUUUAAAUAUAUCCGUUUAUCAAAAUUUAUCAAAUGCACCAACUGAAAACACAGAUAUAUCUGAAUUCCCUAUAAUUCAUCAAACAAAUGAACCCUUUGAUGAAGAACUUAUUUGUUGUCAGGUAGACACUUUAUGUGUGGUUCCUAAGAGGGCCACAUAUACACAGGCAUAUAAUCUGAUUUAUGAUAGUAUAGUCAAGAAUGUUCAAUCAAUUCAAUCAUUUUUGGUUUCAAAUCCCAAGGAUCUCCCUGCUGUUCAUCAUUUCUUGCCUGAUACAUUGUGCCAUUUUCUAACAAUCGUCUGUUCACAUAAUCAAAUAGAUUCGUAUAGUAAUUUAAGAAAAAAAUUACACAAUGCUUUUCAUUUGUCCAUGGAUAGACCAUUGUUUCGUAUAUCAAAUGCUUAUCAAUUUGACGCUAAACCAACUGUAAAUGAUGAUGGACUUUUAACAAACGUACAUGAAGGUCUAUCUCCUUCAGGAAUAAAAAAUGGAAGAAAAUCAUUAAUUCAGGGUACAUAUUCAUUUUACCACUACGGUCAAGGUGGUUUUAACGAUCAUCAGUGGGGUUGUGCUUACAGAUCUUUACAAACAUUAUAUUCUUGGUUUAAGUGGCAAGGAUGGACCAAUAAACCUGUGCCUUCCAUUCGUGAUAUACAACAAAUUUUAGUUGAUUUAGGUGACAAAAAUAAAACAUUUGUUGGUUCUAGUCAAUGGAUUGGUUCAAUGGAAGUUUCUUUUGUAUUAAAUGCACAUUUGGAUGUCACAUGUCGAAUAAUGUCUUUGAGGCAAGGUGAUACAUUAAAUUCAGUGUGUCUUGAGCUGUCUGAACAUUUUGAUAGACACGGAACUCCUGUGAUGAUAGGUGGUGGAGUACUUGCUCACACUAUUUUAGGAGUAGACAUCAAUGAAGAACUGGGUGAAGUUAAGUUUUUGGUUUUAGAUCCUCACUAUACAGGCUCUGACAAUAUAAAAAGUAUUCAUGGUAAAGGAGUUUGUUGGAAGGAAGCGUCAUUUUGGAAAAAAGAUACAUUUUAUAAUCUUUGUUUACCAUUGAGUUUUAAUGGCAUAUAAUAUAAACAUUUUAAAGUUAUUUUGUUUUGUACUGUUAUUAAUUAAAACUAUUCAUUAUAUUAUAUAAUUAUUAUUUUCCGAAAGCACUUAUAUGUGUCAAACUCAAUUAAAACAUGAUUAAAAUUUUUUAUUUUAAAAACAGAAAAAUAAUAUUGGUAUCACAUUUAGUUAAAAUAUCAAUUUUAUUGUCCUUAAAAAUUAUUCCAAUUAUUAAACGACUGUGAUUUUAGGAUUUUUUUUGGUUUUAUGGUUAAAUAUAUAUUUAAAAAACAAGUCAAUUA